AUGGCCAGGCUGAGCCUAUCUACUACAGCUGGCACUUGGUCGCAAGCACUUCUGCUUGGACGCUACUACUACAAAAGUAUCAUGGCCUUCGCAAUCUCUUUCGGUGACGCGAAUGCUGGCUUCCAAGCGGGCAUUGCCAACGGCCUAGUGAACACUGCGUUCCACGUGCCACCCGCAAGCACUGACCAUAGCCCCGCCUCAGAACGACCGGAGACUCCACCAUACCCAUCGAUCGUAAUACCUUUCUGCCGCGAAGUCGACUUGGUCGAGCGAGGGUCGACACUCGAUCAGCUCCAGCAGAGAUGUGCUGAACCGAACGCGCGGGCUGCGCUCGUCGGCCUAGGCGGCGUAGGCAAGUCGCAGCUCGCUAUUGAGCAUGCUUAUCGCACGCGCGAGCAGUCGCCUGAGACGUGGGUGUUCUGGGUGCACGCUAGCAAUGCCGCCCGGUUCGAGCAGAGCUAUCGCGACAUUGCCGACUGUGUUAAGAUCGCUGGACGGCAAGACCUGCAGGCCAACAUCUUCAAGCUGGUGCAUAACUGGCUGUGCGACUGCAAGCAGCGAUGGCUCCUUGUGCUGGACAACUUUGACGACCCUCGCUUUCUUCUUAGCGGCCAGGGGAAUGGCGACGGUCAAGGCCAGACCACUAACGCGCAGGUUGUUCGGAAACCGCUGCGCGAGUACCUUCCCCACUGCGAGCGCGGCUCUAUCCUUGCCACGACGCGGAACAAGGAAGCAGCGCUGAGGCUGGUUGAGCAGCGCGACAUUGUUAGUGUAAAGCCAAUGGACGAGGCGCAUGCGCUGGCGCUUUUCAAGAAGAAGUUGCGAGUGCAGGGAGAUAACAGCGAUGCUGCCGAGCUUGUAGCGGCGCUUGAGUACAUGCCGCUCGCUAUUGUGCAAGCUGCAGCGUAUAUCUCGCAGAGAGCACCCCGACACUCAGUGGCGAAGUACUUAGAGGAAUUUAGGAAGAGCGAGCGCAAGCGAUCAAGCCUACUCACCCUCAAUAACGGCCCGCUCCGGCGAGACUGGGAGGCCAAGAACUCUAUCGUUGCUACCUGGCAAAUCUCGUUUGAGCACAUAAGGGAGACACAACCAAGCGCAGCGGACUUGCUCUCGCUGAUGAGUUUCUUUGACCGACAAGGGAUUCCAGAGGCCCUACUGCGACCUUGCAGCGAGCGGGCAGGAGGGCAAACAAACCAGACAGAGGCGGAUGAUGGCAGCGACGACGAGUUAGGGGACGAUAUAUCACAGUCCAGCGCGGGUGACGUAGAAUUCAGAGAUGCUGUAGCAGUUCUCCAAAACUUCUCUUUUGUUUCUGUUGACACUGCUGGCACGAGCUUCGAGAUGCCUGCGCUGGUGCAGCUAGCGACGCAGAGAUGGCUCGAGCGGGAAAACAAGCUCGAGCGGUGGAAGCAGCAGUUUGUCAGUAACCUGUUCGCAACGUUUCCGACUGGUGAGUACGAAAACUGGGCAGCAUGUCAGGCACUUUAUGCGCAUGCCAAGGCCGCUAUAGGGCAGCAGCCCAAAGACAAGUCGUCGACAGCAGAGUGGGCAACAGUGCUCUACCGUGCAGCAUGGUAUGCAGAGAGGAUGGACAAUAUUACCGACGCUGUAACACUAGCUACGAAACUUGGUGGCCGAUGGGAUGACGCCGAGAAGCUAGAGGUGCAGGUGAUGCAGACUCGCAAGAUGAAGCUUGGAACAUACCAUCCCGACACGCUAACGAGCAUGGCCAAUCUGGCAUCGAUAUAUAAGGACCAAGCUCGAUGGAACGACGCAGAGAAGCUGCAAGUGCAAGUGAUAGAGACGCGCAAGACGAAGCUCGGAGUGGACCAUCCAGACACGCUGACCAGCAUGGCCAACCUGGCAUCAAUGCAAACUCUUCUCUGGAUAGCCGCUCAUCUGCGGGUCUGUUUGGAGAUGUUCAUUGGUCGGCGACUCAAUACCUGGCAAGCACACUGUCCCAGGAUCCUUUUCUCCGACCACUAUAUACUCGUGCUCUGCAAGAUAUCGGGCCAGAACGAUUCUCAACACACCAUGACCGACUUCUGAAGAAGUUCCUAGCAGACCUUGGAUUGGAGAGGAGAGA